GUGGUUCUCAGUGUGCUUAUCAAUUAGCUUUCUAUAGUCAGCACUGCAGCUUCUUAAGGUCUUAAACAUCAACUGACACUCAUGGCUGACCAGCUGACCCCAGAACAGAUUGCUGAAUUCAAGGAGGCUUUCUCCAUGUUUGAUAAAGAUGGUGAUGGUACCAUUACAACUCAAGAGUUGGGCACUAUCAUGAAAUCCCUGGGCCAGGCCCCAACUGACCAAGAGUUGAAAGACAUGAUCAGCGAAGUGGAUGCAGAUGGGAGUGGAUCGAUUGAUUUCAACGAAUUCUUAACCAUGAUGGCUAAGAAAAUGAAAGACACCGACACUGAAGAAGAAAUUCGUGAAGCCUUCAAGGUUUUUGACAAGGAUGGUGAUGGGUCCAUCAGUGCAGCAGAACUGCGUCAGGUCAUGAAAAACCUGGGGGAGAAAUUAACAGACGAAGAAAUUGAUGCAAUGAUCAGAGAGGCUGACGUAGAUGGAGACGGACAGGUCAAUUACGAAGAAUUUGUGCAAAUGAUGAUUUCGAAGUGAAACUCUCCUCUUUUAGGUCUGCAUGCCAAUGUGAUAAAUAACCCGUUAGUAAAGAAAGAUUCAUUUUUUGUAGUUUCAUUCCAAAAACCCUAUUUAUUUAAAGUCACAGGAAUGCUUCUAAUAAUUUUUGUGUUCACAUUUUAAAAAUUGCCCGAGCAUUAAUGCCUAGUUUACCAAUGGGUUUUAUUUGUUGGUAAUAAUGAACAUUGUGUACUGAGCACUAAAUUCACUCUCUCUUAUCAAAAUGUAUAUGUGUGUUAAUAUAAAUGGCAUCUGUUAUGCACAUGACAAGAGUGGUGGUAAAAUAAGUAAUGCAAGAAGCACUCGAAACACAAACUUGGCUAAUCUAAAACUGUUAUACCCUUAGUAAUAGUAUUUGGUUGUACUGAAUUUAA